UCGUUACCACUAACCUAUAUUAGUUGUAUUCUCUACUGUAAUUCUGCCAUUAUCAGUGUGCGGAUUUGUAGAUACAGGCUCCAAUAUUUUUCUCUGUUGAAAUCGGUAGUACGGACGCGUACACUUUUCCCAAGAUUUCCGGGGCAGGUUUCCGGUGAAAAUAAUGUUGUGAGACACUGGCCGAUAAAAACCGUAGCCAAGGAAGUCUGAGUCCUAAAGUACCUUUCUCUCGACCUUAGUAUCGCGGACACUUCACAACCAGCCGUGGUCAGAUAAGCACGAUAAACCCACUAGACCGUCAGGCUUGGCACGCGUCGCAACAGUUUUCGUAUUUUCCGGAUUUCCGACCGAGUGUCUCAAGUGACCAUAUGAAAGAGAAGGGAACGGUCUCCUCGAAUCGGGGACAAUAGAAAUCGUUUAUCAGAACAAUUGUUCACAGAGUCGCGAAGCGGCAUGCGCGCGAACAGUUUUCCCGGGUAUUCGUCACCGCUCGUCAAGGAAUUGCCCGCAGCAAUUUCAAGGAUCACUGGGCGUAUCGAAACAGUUUUAUUAUUUGUUUAUAUUCGGGUAUACCGAACAGGCCGCAUUAGAAGUAGCCCGUAAGAAUUUGAAGACUGUCUUUGUUGAUAUUCUCUUGAUAUUUCUGAUCGUAGUUUCCUCGAAUUAUUUUUCGUGAAAGUGCUCCUGCGUUAGUAGUGUCCGAAGUGAAUUUCAAAAGAUAGAAACGCGUUUUGCAAGAAACUGUUGCUCACUGUUACGCGUAUCAUCGAAUUAACCGAUUAGAAGAAGCCGCCGUUCAUUGAUGCGUCAGGAUCAUGAAACUGGAAACCAGACGCCGAGCUGAAAAUGGUUCUUCGCUGGUCAGAAACCCGCAAGAAUCGAGCCUGAUGUCCAUAUGGUCGACAAGCACUGGACGCAAUUCAGUGUUUGGCGCGGAGGGCGGAGCGGUACUCCCCUCCACGCAGUUGCCGAUCCACGUACACGUGGCGCGAACACAUCUACGCAACGCUGACGGUCACUGCUUCCACAAGCGAUUCCACGACUGUCAGUCGAAGAUGUCGCAGUCGGGAGAUGGCCUUCACACGCCGGGUUAUCUCUCCUGGAGGAAGCUGCAACUGAGCCGGGCGAAACUCAAAGCAUCGAGCAAGACGUCCGCCUUACUUUCUGGUUUUGCCAUGGUCGCCAUGGUGGAGGUUCAGUUGAAUUCCGACACGAAGGUUCCAUCUGAGAUGCUGAUCGCAUUCGCCGUGUGUACCACACUGCUAGUAGCGGUUCAUAUGCUCGCUUUGAUGAUAUCAACGUGUAUCCUACCAAACAUAGAAGCCGUCUGCAACCUCCACAGUAUCAGUCUGGUACACGAGUCGCCCCACGAACGAUUGCAUUGGUACAUAGAAGUAGCCUGGGCAUUCUCCACGUUGUUGGGAUUGCUGUUGUUCCUUCUGGAGAUCGCUAUACUCUGUUGGGUGAAGUUCUACGACUUCUCUCAGGUGGCCGCCUGGUCCGCUUGCAUAGUGCUGAUACCAGUGUUGAUAAUAUUUCUCGCGUUCGCGAUCCACUUUUACCGUAGCCUUGUCGCGCACAAAUACGAGGUGACGGUAUCCGGUAUAAGGGAACUGGAGUUACUUAAAGAACAGAUCGAGUCGACGGACGUCGAGGGCAGAAAUGGCGUGAACUUGUUGCAGACUGGCGUGACGCACGUGGUGUGAAGCUCGUGUUGUACAGUGUUUCAUCAUGAUACAGUUACUCUUGAACUGUGAUAUCCUCUUGAAGAGGAACCUUAUUGCGGCGAAUAUCCGAUAACGCGGCUGCUACUCUAUCAUUGUAAAUAUCGAAGGAAAAACCGGAUAGGAGCACAACGCGAAAGACCGUUGACAAUUGUCAUAGAAUUGUAUGGAAUGCGAUCGUACAGCGCUGACCGUAAUGUAACGCGAAAGACUUGGUUACUUGAUCCGAGCAGCGAGCUCAGAAACUCGUGUGCGUGCAAUUUUCAAAUGGAACACCUGUUCCAUCCGAGAGCGUCGUAACUUCUAUUAUUGUUUCCCCGUUUAUCCGAUGCAUUGUUAUAGUUGACGGUAGAGAAAUAGAAGGCUUAACCACGGCAGCACUGUUGUCGGAAACUGCGAAGAUUGUACUUGAAUGGAAAUAGAUGUUAAUAUAGUUUAAGUGUACAUUGAUUCGACAUCAGUGGUAAAACCGUUGUCUUGAAGAGUUUCCUUUACUUCGUGACACCCUUCAGGUACAAUUUUAUUUGUUUUUUCCGUCUAUUACCGAACUUACAUUCGCUGUUUCGCUACCGUCAAUUAUUCAAGAUUGCCAGACAGAACCAACGUUUAGCUAAACGCUCUAAAAACACAUUCCCUUUCUCGCAUAGCGACUUAAGUGUACUGGUUAUCAAUAAGCAGUAUAUAUUCUGCAAAUGUAUCGCGUGCUCUUUAGCUCGAAAGACCGGCGGUCGUGAAUGGGAAUCCAUGAUUUAUCGAGUAUGCGUGACUAGGUCGUAUCGAAUGUACUUAUCUUCGCUGGAGACGUGCCUAUUCUACAAGAUCUUUUUAUUCCGCGACUCCUUUGGUUUCAUAGUCCCGCGUAAUAGCCUGAUGCUCAAACAGUUUUCCAAGCACUACAGUAUGUGCACAAAGGCGUGGUAAAAGAAACUCGCUGUUACGCGUUUUAUGUUUACACGGUUUACAUCGUACCCCUUGCGCUUGUACUUGAUGAUCAUACUGCCGACAUUAUUAAAAAACAAACAAACAAAUGAAUUAAUUGUGCAGUGGCAAUUUAAUUAUACAUAAUUUGUAUUUAAUACGAACGGCCGGUUUAUACGUACGUUACAUUCAUACAUGAAUAUAUAACAGCGGCGCUUUUGCCAAAAUAAAUCAUAUAAGUAAGUUUCAA